AUGAGUGAUGAUAAACAUAACCAUGAUAUCAGUAUAAAUAUCAAUCUAAGUCCAAAGAAAAAUACAUCACCUUUAAUUGAGCAUAGAGGUCCUCCAAUAAAAUCUAUGGAUGAAGAUCAAUUAGAUAUACAAGAAUUUCCAGUUGAUGGAAGUGUAGGAUGUGCAUUUUAUGGUGGUGGUAUCAGAGCUGCCAGUUUUGCAAGUGGAGUAUUACAACAGGUAGUGGGUAGACACACAAAUGAUACCAAGCUUGUUUUGUCAUGCGUUAGCGGUGGAGGCUUUGUUGGAAGUUCUUUCUGCCAGAGAGUUGCUUUCGAUCGAAAGUAUAAUCGAGGAGAAAAGCAAACUAAACGUGAAAUCUACAGACAGUUGGAUAAGGACAUGAAGAAAAACAUUGCUUACUGUGUUGAUUUCAACAGUGUCAAUGGAUUCGUAGAUUUCCUGGUUAUGCUUGCCUUGGUUCUCGUUCAGAUUUCACUGAUUUUCGUCACAGUAUUUCCAUUUAUUAUUUUCCUUGUCGAAUCAAUGGCUGCUUUCUAUCAUUACGUAGACAAUGAUCACCGUUGGAUUUUGGCAGUAGUCGGUAUUUGUUUGGCCUUUACAUUUUUUGUUAUUUCUCAAGUGAUGAAAGUAAUUGGAAAUUGUGGACACGCCAUACCAUAUGCUUUCUUUAACUGGAAUAAAGUCCUUACAUUCUUGGCUGCACUUUUCACGGUACUAGUAGGAUCGCAAGCCGGAAUGAAUAGAAUUGAAGAGGCCGUCGGUGAUUGGGUGGCCGGUGCGAUUGGUCUUUCUUUAACUGGACUCUGGGCAAUCAUUCGUUUCCAUCCAUUCUUUUUCGUUCAGCAAUGGAUCGAAAAUCUAAUCAACUCUCUAACCGGAUACGUUGCUAUUCUUUCGAUCUACGGUAUCUUUAUGAAUUGGCGUUUGAAUGACACUAAUGGCGUCUCCAGAAAUCUUUUUUACAAGACAAACUACUAUGGAUGCGAUGGAAUCUUCGGUUGCCCUGGAACACGUUUCACAGACCUCGAUGACUCUGCUUCAUACAUCAGCACCAUGACAGCAAACCUGUGGCAACUGAAACCCGGUGGAGCAUCUACCUCAUCGAUAUCGAUUGGAAAAUCACUUCCAGAUAUCGAGUGUAAAUCCAGCAACAAUGUUAAUCCGCACAAUAAGAUUAGCUAUCUUCGUGGUGAUACCACGGGCUUGAACACCGAUCUUCAAACUGGUAGAAUGCGUGACAUUGAGCUAUCGUUUGCAAUGGUAAACUCUGGUGCAUCUUUAACAUCGACAUUUGGUUCCGAUACAAAAUUCAAGUCGUGGGAGAAUUUCCUUUCACUCUUCAAUCUCGGCUAUGGAUCAUGGCUAAACAUGAAUUAUCAGCGUAGAUUCAAACUAAAGAGUUUAUUAGUUAGUGCUGCCAUGGGUAUCUUCCCCUUUAUCGCUGCAAUUCCACAUUGUGUAACUUCGAUUAGAAAUGAUUAUCCAUGGUUAAUUUGGAUUCCAGGAGUUAUAUUGGUGAUACUUUUCUUGUUGGCCGAGUUCAGUCCAAAUCAUUGGUCUUCUCCGAUCCAAAACCCAAUCGUAAGAAUGUUCCGUGAUUCGUUGGAUAUCCCUAUUGUCGCCAAUCACGGAGGUUUCAUCUACCUAUCGGAUGGAACUCACUCUGAAAACACAGGACUAUUCGUUCUACUUGCCAAUCCAGACAUUAAAACCAUUUAUAUCGCCGACGGAUCGGAAGAUCCAGAUCGACUUUGCACCGACUUACGAAAGACAAUGGGUGAGGAGCGUGCCUACGGUUGGAAUUUCUUUCAAGGUGAUAUACAUGACCAGGAAUUCCACGAUGUAGAACGUGACUUGAUCGAUUUCCAAAGAGACAGUUCCAGAAGAUUCAUUCGUAUGAUUGCUAAAAACACUGAAAGAUCCGUUAAUAUAUUCUUUUUAAAGCCGAUAUCCAGUAAAAAUUCAAUCUCUGGUAUGGCAUUCGAUUGUCAUUGUUGUCAUGGUGAUUUAGUUACCAUUAAUUGUUGUGGUGGCCAACUUAGAAUAUUCUCGGAUCUCUACGAUUGGGCUUUUGGUAAAUUCCCAAAUGUUUCAUCCUACUAUCAAUUCUUUACACCGUCAAUGUACCAAGCCUACAAAAAUGAAGGAGUGGACGCAUUCAACGAUGCUAUGAAUUCAAUACAUAAAUAA